AUGUCAUCAAAGACCUUCAUCUCCCAGGAAGAAGAGAAAGCUCCAGGAUUUAAGGCAGCCAAGGAUAGGCUAACUCUCACACUCGGUGGUAAUGCUGAGGGCGACCUAAAGCUGAAACCUUUCGUUAUUUACCAGUCAGAGAACCCUAGGGCACUGAAGGGCUUCACAAAGGCACAACUUCCAGUUAUUUGGAAAUCAAAUAAGAAGGCUUGGCUCACUUCGUCCCUUUGCCAAGAUUAUGUGUGUGAGUAUCUCUCACCAACAUUAAAGGAAUAUGCAGCAGCAAAUAACAUAGCUAACCGAUUCCUGCUGCUCAUUGAUAAUGCACCAAGCCACCCACGUGCCACGGAAGAUUGGGCUGAUAACAUAGAAGUCCUUUUUUUGCCACCAAAUAUUACAUCCUUAAUCCAGCCCAUGGAUCAGUCUGUCAUCGCUACCUUUAAAGCCUAUUACCAGCGACACACUAUGGCUCAGCUGGUGCAGACACUGGACAGCAAUCCUGAGGUCACUAUCCAGCAAUACUGGCGGAAUUAUAACAUCAAGAAAGGGAUUGAUAACAUCACAACGGCAUGGAAUGAGGUGGAUAACAAAACUAUGAAUGCAGCCUGGAGUAAAGUUUGGCCUGAAGUGGUCAUUAACUUUACUGGAUUCGUCCCUGUCAGCGUCACCGACCUCCGUAAAGACAUUGUUCGGCUGUCACACCGUGCUAGCUUUGAGGAGGUGGAUGAAGAAGAUGUUCAGGAGUUGCUGGACAGCCACAGGAAACCCCUGACUAACAAAGAACUUGAGGAAAUGUUAAAUGAGCGAGCUCACCAGGAAACGACCAAACCUGAGAAAGAACGAGUGCUAACAAUUAACUUUUUGCAAGAAUUUUUUUGCAAAAUAGAGAGUGCCAUUGAUUCAUUGAAAGAAGUGGAUCCAAAUUAUGCCAGGAGUUUUACUGCAGCCCAUGAGAUAGAAAAAGCACUCGGUUUUUACAAAGAAAUAUUGGCUGCGAAGAGACGCAAGGCUACACAACCAUCAAUCGAGUCUUACUUCAGGCCAUCCACUCCUUCCACCAAAUCAUCAGUGUCACCAACACCUUCACUCUCAAGAGAUAUUGCUCAGUCCAUCUCUUCAAGGUCAUACACGCCCUCCUCUCCUGUGGCGUCCACUUCAUUCCCCCGUGACCAAGACUCACCAGAUGUCAUAAGCAUCAGCUAUUCAUCAGAUUCUGACUGA